AUGGAACAGGAUGUCUAUACCCGUACAACCUUCCUCAUCAAAAAAGGAAAUAUACCGAGGAAAGAACAAGAAAGCUUUUGCCAUUUGCAUAAAAUCGAGAUCACCGUGAAACCCGAAGGAAGACAAAAGGGAUACCCGUCCUUCAUCGACUUUGAUCAACUCAAGGGCCGAAUUCAUCGUAUGCGCAACGAACUUGAAGCCGUGAUCCUUGGCCAAGAACACAGUCCUUACCGCAAUAUUGCUUUGAAAGCUUACGAGACAUUGGGAAAAAAUAAGGCACGAAGUACGAUGGGUGUGAUGCAGCGUUUUGAUGCAACACUGCCGGGUUACUAUGGGCCCAAAGGUGCUUCGAUCAUUUUGCGGGAGCUUCAAAAGCUGUUUAUCAAUACCAAUUAUUUGACAAAAGAUAUGACCAAGCCGCAGCUUCCUCUGGAAUAUAUGCAACAGGUGUUGUUACCAGAAGUAGGGUAUCGCCUCAUUAAGCAAGACUUGACUGAUCGGCAGUCAAGCAAUGACGGUCGGGAUAUCACCCAACAGGCCAUGGAUGUGAUGCAAGAAAGUACGGAAUAUGGUAAUAUGAUGUAUCCUGACGCUCAUGAACCAUCUGCGCAUGAAGACAAAGACGAUGAUGAUGGUGAUCAAGACGACCAAUCCGAGGCAUCGUUCGAUUCUUCCGCUGAAGACUAG